AAAUAUGGACACGCUCCCCUUCACGCUUUUCGUAACAGUUUUUGUUCUCCUUCUCCUUCUUGGUGCUCUUACUCCUACUCCUACCUCAGCUGCAGAUACAACAAACUUGGUUUACAAGGGUUGUUCUGAUCAGAAACUGCAAGACCCAUCGUCACAGAACCUCAAACCCCUAUUGGCUUCUCUCGUGUCGAGCUCCGGACAGAAGGGUUUCGCCUCCACAACCUCCGGCGACGCCCAGAAUGCCAUCACCGGCGUCUACCAAUGCAGGGGCGACCUCACCAACUCCGACUGCUACAGCUGCGUCAGCAAGAUCGCCGACAUGCUCGACAAGCUCUGCGGCGGCGACGUGGCGGCUGCCCGCGUCCAGCUCAGCGGGUGCUACCUGAGGUACGAGGUGGUCGGGUUCAGGCAGGUGCCUCAGACCCAGCUGCUGUACAAGGUUUGCGGGUCCAAGAAGGCCGGCGACGGCGGCGGUUUCGAGGCCGCGCGGGACACUGCGUUUGGUAUGGUGGAGAAUGGCGUGAGGAGUGGUGGGAGCUUGUUUUACACGGGGAGCUACCAAUCUCUAUAUGUGUUGGGGCAGUGUGAGGGUGAUUUGGGGAAUGAUAAUUGUGGGGUUUGUGUCAAGAGUGCUGAGGAACAAGCCAAGGUUGAUUGUGGUGACUCAAUUUCUGCACAAAUUUAUCUUCACAAUUGCUAUAUCAGUUAUAGCUUUUACCCCAGUGGAGUUCCCACCAUGUCAUCUUCGUCAGGGUCAGGGGAGCAUCAACACACGGAGAGGACAGUGGCUCUUGCGGUUGGUGGGUUUGCAGCUUUGGGAUUCUUGAUUGUUUGUUUGUUAUUUCUUAAGUCAGUGUUGAAGAAAAGAGGUGGGAAACGCUGAGGCUGAAUUGGAUUGAAAUUUGUAUAUACUCCUCGGGAUUCAUGCAUCUAGUUUUUAACAUCUUAGGUGAAUGAAUAUACCUUUUGCCUUUUGUAUAGUUCUGAUCAAAGAGGGAUUGAAAAAGGAAGUUUUUAUGCUGACUGAAUCCGAUUUGUGGUAUGAAUGGAAAGGAAGUGAAGUGGGCGACAGAAGUUUAUUGGGUGGUGUGUGAAAGACAACUGUCCCCACCAUAUGACUUUAGCAAUAAG